UCUGGGUUGCUGCUGUUUUCACUGUCACUGAACCAAAAGAAAGGCGAGCAGUGUGAUGGUGAGAAAAGCGGAGGCAAAGACAUUUCUGCCACCCGUGCUGGGAGGCAGGAGCUACGGGACAGGUCUGCGCGGGGCAGUGGGGGGGGGUGUCUCCCCUGCUGCCCUCAGGUGUCAUUUGCCCGGGACUGAAGCUUUUCUUUUGGAAGCGGGAGAGGAGAGGGGGAUUCAGAGUGGGAGCAAGAGGGGGAGUACGAUGGGGCUGAGGCCACACAAGUUUUACGUCUGGCCAGCCAACCCCCCCCGCCAGCAUUAGGUGAGCUUGGACAAGUUGCUCCCUUUCCCUGGGCGUCAUUUCCUCAUCUGUGAGAAAACUCGUGAGACCAGAUCCUCUCUUGUGUUCCCUGUGACUCUAGCUUCUAUCUCUGAAGCAAAGAGCUUGAUACCACGUGUGCGAUACACGAUUCACCAGCAAGAGUAAAACAAGUAAGAAAAAUGCCCUUAAUGGGACGUGGAUCCUUACAUGAGUGACAGCACAUCAUCGUUUACAAAGCUCCUUGCGACUGAAAAAUGUAAUGCUCGGGGUCAACCUCAGCAUGAUCACACAUGUAGCGCCAAGACAUGGGAACAACCAGCUUCCACGCCAGCGUGUUCCAGGAGGGGCAGCGGCUCUGAUCCAUGACCCCCUCACUGAUACCCACGGGACGGCAAGCCUUCGGCCGGGUUCCGGUGGAGGACAGGCUGUGAUUCCUGUGCCCAAAGGACUCCUCCUCAGGGGACACUGCCCAUCAGGGAAUGGAAGAAGUCCAGGAAUGACGGAUUCAUCUCACGAGAUAGCUCCUGUCACCGCUUCGCCUGCUGCAAUAUCCUCCUCCCCUCCCCAAUCCCAGUGGCAAGGGGCCGGUUUCAGCCCACGGGAAAUGGGGCCUGUCUACGGACAGCAGCCAAGUUAUAGAAAAAAGGGAGAGAGGCACAGUCUAGGGAAUGAAAAGCUCAGAGUGCAGCUCGUUUCUACAUAGUGCUCAGCAUUAAUAUGACGACGGAUUUAAAACAGAAAACUGCGCGCCUGGGUGCUGGGGGCAGAUUCAAGGAGGUCUGUGAGCGUCCAAACGGCUCCUGCCAGGAAUUUUGCAUUGAAUCCGAACACCAGGCGGGGAGAUGUUUAAAUGGCCAGUCGUGCUGCCUGCCCAUGGGGAACGAGCCCGUCAUCGAGCCGACUACACCCAAGGAAUGAUGAACUCUUUUUGAAGCUCUGAGUUUCUACGAUGUUUUAUUCUCUAUUUUGUGCACUCUCUCUAGAUCUCUUAUUUCUGUCUUCUCCCAGGGAUUCUUUUGAGUCCAAAAUAAAUAAUAAAGCAAAA